CAAUCUUAGAUGAUUCUUUUAAUACUUUUCCUAAAGAAGAUAUCGACUUACAAGACUUAAAUAUUGAUACAUCAAUAUUCUUCAUCAAUCAUAAAUACCAAGCUACAUUUAAGUUACCAAUUCCUACCUCAACUCUCCACGAAUUAGCCAACCAAGCUGAAAAAACUUUCUGUCAUAACAACUCCAUUCCUACAUCUACUAGUCGUCAUAAUACCUUCUUUUAUAAAUACUUUAUUGCCUAUCAAAAUAUUGCUGCUCAAAACCACAACAUUAAUAAACUCUCUAAAGAUCAAGCUAUCGACCUAGUUACCCAAAAUCUCAUUGAAACUGAUUUUCUUGCUCGAAUUAUAACCUACUUUGAUAUUAUUAAAGAUCAACAACCUUCAUCCUCUCAAACUUCCAAUUACUAUAUCAAUAAAGCAUACAAACAAGCUGAAAAUAUUAUUGUUACCAAAUUUAAUCUAAACUUUAUAGUCCCUUCCAAUAUUGAUGACUCACUUUUUCUU